UUGCUUGACUUAAGCUUUCUUGUAUUCAUCCUCUCCUUUCAUUCUUUCAACGAAACCUUCAAAAUCAAAAUGGAACAAGAUUUGCCCACCUUCAUCCGCCCUUGCAAACUCCGAGGCAACUCUUCUGCAAGUUCUCGUCCUCUCAUUCCCGGCCCUGCUGGUGUUGUCCAGGCCGCCAUGAUUCAACGCAGCUCCACCACCGACGGACACCUCAUUCCAACCCAACAAUUUGUUAGGCGCGUCGUCGAAGACGGUCACGACACUGAUCCCGAUUUUCACUCCAAUGCUUGGCUUUCAGCCCUGCAAUUAGGCGGAUCUGCAACUCCUCUGGGUUCAAUCACUCACCAUCUAGAAAGGGUCGAUCUCAUCGUCGCAGUUAUCAAAUCAUGCACGCCAAACGGAUUCGGCGAUGUGUCAGUUACCCUGAAGGAUCCUACGGGCACUGUCGGUGCUAGUGUCCAUCACAAGGUUUUCACUGAAAGCGAAUUCGCGAAGGACAUAAAUGUUGGAUCUGUUAUGCUUAUCCAGAAGGUAGCUGUGUUUUCUCCUAGAAAAUCUAAUUGUUACCUGAACAUAACAUUGCCCAACAUAGUUAAGGUAUUCUCCAGUGACUGUGGACCUCCAUCUGAAACAUUCACCGACAUUACAGAAGAUUGAUUAAUGUUAUUUGGCUAAUUUUGAAUUAUUUGCAACUUUAAAAAAUCCUUGACCUGGAUUAUGUAGGCUAUGUUGCGUCCCUUGAAUUAUGUACGUUAUUUUGCUUCAAUUGGAUUAUGUGCGUUAUUUCACUUCCCAUUGGAUUUUGUUUGU